CUUUCCAAGUCCACGGCGCAAGCCAACCCAACCCAACCCAACCCAACAUCUCUCUAUAAAAGGCUCCAUCUCCCGCCCUUUUCACCAUAAUCCUCCAAACUCCUCUCCUCUUCCAUACUCCAUUCUCGGCUACCCAGCUCAUAGCUCUAGCUCUCUGAAAACUGCUUACUUGCCCUACGUCUCCUGCGUGCUAGCUGCUUGCCGAUCGGCACACACAGCUAUCUUGCUCAAGCUAAGCUUGUCGAUUGUUUGGUGAAGAUGGCGCCGCGUGAUCAGCGAGAGAUGAGCAGCGACGAGGAGUCGGCGGCGUCGGGGGACCUCCGCCGCGGGCCGUGGACGGUGGAGGAGGACCUGCUGCUCGUCAACUACAUCGCCGUGCACGGCGAGGGGCGCUGGAACGCGCUGGCGCGAUGCGCAGGUCUCCGGCGGACUGGCAAGAGCUGCCGGCUCCGGUGGCUCAACUACCUCCGGCCGGACCUCCGGCGCGGCAACAUCACGGCGCAGGAGCAGCUGCUCAUCCUGGAGCUGCACUCGCGCUGGGGCAACCGCUGGUCCAAGAUCGCGCAGCACCUCCCCGGCCGCACCGACAACGAGAUCAAGAACUACUGGCGCACGCGCGUGCAGAAGCACGCCAGGCAGCUCAACUGCGACGUCAACAGCCAGCAGUUCAAGGACCUCAUGAGGUACCUCUGGAUGCCGCGCCUCCUCGAGCGCAUCGGCUCCGGAGACGGCGCCGACGUCGCCACGACGGCGUACGACGCGCCGCUGCCCCAGCUCCCGGCGUCGUGGCCCGUCGACGAUGUCGAGCUGUCCUGCACCACCGACGCGUCGUCGUCGUCCGUCUCGACCGACGGCACGUACCAGCAGCAGCUGCUGCAGCACCAACUCGUGUCGCCGCCACCACCACCGGCGCCCUCCGCCGCCUUUGGCGAGAGCGCGCCCAGCGGCAACAACGAAGGAUCCUACUCCUACAGUAACAGCAGCAGCAACGCUGCUGCCAUGUGGGACACGUUGUGCCAACCACCACCACAAACAGACUGCCACCCGACGACGGUCGCCGAGACUGCUUGCAGCUGGUCCGACGAGUCGCUGCUGCUCCCGGGUCUCUCCGGCGACAUGGGGAUGGGGUUGUCGGAGCUCGGCGACACCAUGUGGGGCGCCGGCGCCGACGACCUGUGGUACACGCAGAUAAUGGGGUUGUGAAAGCAAGUCCGCCGCUUGGAUUUGACGACAGCGUCCACCGUACGCGACGGGCAGCCAGACCUUGAAAGAUCACAGACAGGAAACGUACUCAAGACGGGCUAGAGGAAGGAGAAGCUUAUUAUUGGGGGGCUUCGGUUUGAAGAUUCAAAACAAAUCAUCAUCUUCUUUCCGCUUUGCCCGCCAAUAAUUUCUUCCCCAGUUCUUGCCCAUCAUCACAUCUCUCCUCUUAGUAUACUACUACUACUACUGCACUGUGCUUUCUAGCUUUAGUUUGGAGUAGCAGUAGCGCACUAGCAGUUUAAUGACCAUGAGGUUAACUACACUACUACAGUAGUAGCUUGGUUGUUUUUAGUUUCUGCUGCUUGCUUUCCUCCAUUAAUUCUUUGUGGGUAAAUACGGAGUGGUUAUUGGUUUGUAACUAUGUGUCAUGUCUGAUGAUCCUGGAAGGUCGAUGGAAAUAAAAAGUUGAAAUACCACCUGCA